AUGGCGAUACGCGUGCUCCUCUUUUUGGCUUUACUAGUCUGCGUUCAAUGCAAAAUGUUAAACCUGUCGUGUCAACAAAUAAAGAGCUUUGUCGAUGGACACAAUAUCAGGAGAGAGCAGCUGGCUAACGGAAAGGUGCCUGGACAACCUGCCGCUUCAGAAAUGAAAUAUAUGGUAUGGGACGAUGAGCUCGCCGCCAAGGCAGCCAAAUGGGCAACUGUUAACCGAAGACAGCACAAUCCAGACCGAACUAUAGGUUCCGGUCGGUUCUCAAUUACUGGCGAAAACUUGUACUGGUAUUCUACUACCGACCACACGUACAAGCUCAGCCCUGAAAGCGCUCUGAAGGCGUGGUUCGAUGAAUACAGGGACUAUUACUAUGGACCGAUCAAGAACAGCGACUUCGGUGGGUCCAAGCAAAUCGGACAUUACACCCAGAUGGCAUGGUCGGAGUCAACGCACUUGGGGUGUGCGGUUUCACAGUUUUCCGAAGGUGGUUGGAACAAAUACUUCGUGGUUUGCAACUAUGGGCCUGCCGGCAACAUGCUUGGAUCUCCGCCGUACAGAAGCGGUAGUCCGGUCGGGUACCUCGUGUGCGGAACUGACGACUGCAGCCGACCUUACGGCGACUCGUGCUAA